AUGGCGUGGCCACUUCCCUCAGAGAUAACUGGCCGUAUUGUGUCACUCAUCGAAAACCCAUUGACUCGUAUAGACACCAAGCUCAGAUUGGCUCAAUAUGCUACAGUGAACCGCGACUGGCAGCCCAUUAUCGAGGAGCGAAGCUGGGCGAAAAUCCAAGUCAAGACAGGAAUCCCGUUGAAUCUAGACGAAUUUGAAAGAUUGACAAAGGAUCCACGACGCCAAUCAUAUAUUCGGGAUAUCGAAUUGAUCGUGGAGCUCGAGCCUUACGAUGAAGCUGCCAGAGCUCAAUUCGAGACCGAAUUUGAGCAUGAGCGCAAUAAUCAGAUCUUCUCUGAAGCAAUCCGCUCAGUCCUUCAAAUCGUUGCGAAAUGGAGACCAUCGCAAGGUAUCUCGCUCUCCAUCAAAGUUCAGUCCCCUAGUGAUCUGGUUGCUACUCCAAAUAGACUGAGGCGAAUAAAGGCCGCCCGUGGCGAGCGGACUGCAGAUAUCUUGAACCGCAGAUUUGAGAGAAACUACCUUCGACUUAAUGCAUUCGAGAGCCAGACAGCACCAAUCAGCAUUGUGCAUAGUCUCAAAAUAGAGGCCUUAGCUGACAGACGACAAAUUGAGGCGAUUUCGUGCGCGCGUCUGGUUUCGAGAUUUCCUAACCUCCAUACACUUAAGUUGCUAUUGAAUGACACUUGCAAACGCGAUAAGGGUCUAAGAAAACGCAACCGCGACGAUGAUGUCACAGACGAAGGGGUGGAUCCUCUCAGCUUGAAACUACAUAAGUUCUCACAGCAAUUAGAGACACUCAGUAUCGACGGAAUGACAUUUGGAAAUGAACUUUUCUGGCCACCGGAAUCAAACGAUAACUCGCCAUCAUGGCCUGAUCUGAAAACCAUCAGCAUUGAUUAUAUGCCCACAACCCCGUCCGGGAAAUGGCUCUUUGUUGACCGUUCUGAUCGCGACGAGGACGAUCAAUAUGAGUCCAUGGAUUCAGAUCCACAUGAUGAAUGGCCAGAAUAUGUGAGAACGCCACUCGAAGAUCGCAGCAGCGGGCCCUUCCGAGAAGUCAGUGUGCCAGGUCUCUUCAAUGAGCUAUAUAUGGCCGUGGGCCAGGCAGCAUUGCGUAUGCCCAAAUUGGAGGACCUGCGUAUGGACACAGAAUCGGGAAGAGUCCAUCAUCGGUUCAGAUAUUCCACCGAAGGCGAGAUAUGCGCAACAUGGUCUGACCGUCUCGGAUUCCAGCCCGAGGAAAGGGUUCUGGAACUGUGGAAGCAAGUGGCUUCUGAACAUACCGGUCAAUCCCUCAAAGUCAAAUUAACCUACAAUUAA